AUGCCGCUGCCAAAAGCGUCACUCGAUUCGCUCGCCACAGAAGAGCUCCUUACAAUAUGCGAGUUUGUUUACGAAAGCGGGUUCAUUAAGAGUCUUGCCAACUUCUCCUUGACGAACAAAAAAUACCGCUCCGUGGCCAGUGCCGUCUUGGCGAGGACCGUCAAGUUCGCGGUCACCGGCCUCGACAAGUACCCCGGGUACUUGGAACAGGAUGUCACGCAGUGCUACAGAUCUCUGGACUUUUUGCCCACGGUCGAUGACGAGACUAGAAUCGAUGGCUGGCUUCAAGAAUCUUACGACACUGGUCACAACGGCGUAGAUUACGGUUGGGAUGAGUACACGAUGGCAAAAGUACCAGACGGGUUCUGGAAACCCCUCGCGAAACUCAUCAAGAAGCUUCCAAGACUGAAAGACCUUCUCUACGCAUGCCCUAAUCAGUUCCCGCCAUGCCUGCUCACCACUUUGCACGAGUAUCAUCCCAGUUGCAGGCUUCAUCUGCGCAAUUUUCACUUGCAUAGCAUCAAAGACCGCCAUGGCCUUGCGGCCGUUCUAGACGCCGAGGAGACUGACCACGAGCUACGGCUGGCAAGCUCGCCAUGCUUGCACAGCAUCAGAUACUCGUACGCAAACAGUCACGGAGACUACGGACGAUUUAACAACAACGAAGAGCCAAACCCGAACAACAUACACAACUCUGCUGUAAUGCGACAUGUGACUAGAAUGGCCCCCAAUCUGAAAAGGGUGCACUUGCGUCCCGUACCCGACGAAAGCACGCAGUCUUUCCCUCCGGAGCCCUGGGAGGCUGUCAGCCAUCUCGAUCUUCCUCAAUCGCCAGCGUCUCUAACAUCCAUCGAAAUGGAUCAAGGGUUCUACGUGUCCGACGAAUUGAAGAUGUUGGAGGUUCCAGCGCUACAAGAGCUUGCAAAGUGCAAUCUCACGUCUCUAAUGCACUUGAACAUUGCAUUGCCAUAUGUCGACCGCCGCUCGUAUUGGGAAGUCGUCGCGGACGCCCUGCGUAGAGUAUCCUCACACUUGGUGACACUCAGAAUAGGCGGUCUCAGUUCUGAAAUCGCUUUGGAUUCUGUCCUAGGCCCUUGUCUACGGACCUUGGACCUGGCAACGUACAAUUCUCGCGUCUUUCAAGAGAAGGAUAUUCUGGAAAUCGCCGCACGAAGCCCGCUCGUGGAGUGCCUCACCUUGCGCAUCCCCAGGCGUAAGGGAGGUGCAUCAGAGGUGGCGUCGUACCGAGCUCUGGGGAAGCUCAAGCGCCUGCGAGACCUGUCCAUCACCCUUGUCGUUCAGCCGCCUCCGAUCAGUCGCGCGACCCUGGAAUCAAUGGGUGUGGAAGACUAUGCCUACGGCGUCUUUGAGAGGGAGAUAUGGCGAGUGACGGCAAAUAAGGACCCGGGCUUUUCAACAGGCGCCCUGAAGACCGCUGUCAUUAACUCAGCAGUUGAUGCACGAUUGGUGCGCUCAAUCGUCGAAGUGAUCACAGCGGCCAAGCAGAGGAGUGCUGCCGUUUGUCUCGAACUUCUACAAGUUGACGUCACGGGGUACGACCAAAUCAAAAUGAGUAACAAAGACGACACUGGGACUGCUUUUGGAGAAUAUUGCUCGCUCCUCGGUCUUCCAUGGAUUGCUUGGCGCUUUGUCAACUCGGAAAAUCGGGCAGAAUACUUUGUGAUUCCUGGCCAAGAUGACAAGGACAUGAACCGACAUGACAAGGAUCCCAUAGAAGAAGUAGGCGGCAUUUUCCUGUGGAUUGUUGAGAUGGUCUGGCCGCGGGCGGCGCCUACUACAGAUCUUGUCGGGAGAGCUUGGCAUAGCUUCCCAUUGGAAACUGACGACGCCAUUGAUUCGCCUCAGAGUAUGUAA